CGCUUCGUUUCGUCAUUAGUGUCCGAGCAGUCAAUCGCGACGGUCAGGCGAGCGAGAUUUUUCAUUUUCGGUUCGGAGUGUCCCCCCACCCCGCGCCACCCGGAUUUAUUAGGAAGCGACGGGCAGGGGUUCGAUUUUUUGCUCCUUGGUUCUGUGGUGUCCUGUCACACACGUUCGUAGAAUAUGUCCCUUCCGCCGUCGCGGUCGUCCUCCUCGUCGCAGUAGGCGUUUUUUUUGGGGGAGAAAAGUUUGUUUGGUUCGUAGAAAUUUUGUAGGGAAAAAGGAAGAAAAUAGUUUAGUUGGUUGAUUUUUUUUUGUGAGGAGCAACCUUCAUUAGUUAGUGAUUGUAGUGUAGUGCAAGAGUUUAGUGAUAAUGUAAAAGGGCUGUAGUGUGUGUCUGGGAAAGGCUUCCGUCGUCAAGGAUAAAGAAUUUUCAUCCUUGCCUGUCAUCGUCGUCGUGGUAGUCCUGCGCCUGCUAAGAUUGUGUUCUGCUGGGGGGAAAGGGAAAGGAAGAGUUUUCUCUUGGGUGUGCGUUGCUGCAGGAUCAGCAGCAGUAGGCUGUGGGGUGUAUCGGAUUCUACCCAACAACAGCAUCAACAAAAACAACAACAAACGCCACCCCGUCCAGAAGCAACCGCGGAACCGAACUCCGAGCUCUGAUGGUUCGCAACAAAUACUCGCUGAGCAAUGCUGGCAAGUCGCCGAGUAAGAAAUCCCGCACCAACAGCGCCAAACAGCACGACGCCAGUGAUAACGAAGGCGGCGGUGAAGGCUCGUCCGGAUCGGGAACCCUGACCGGAACCGAGUCGGGUGCCAUGCGAUGUGACACCGUCCACAAGCAGAACCUUUACAUUAUUUCGUUUCCGGUUAUUUUCGUGUUCAACGUAGUGCGCUCGCUGCUCUAUCAGCUGUUUAUUAUUUUCCGUUACAUUUAUAAUUUUACCACAAAAGUGGUGUACCGGCCGGUGAAGAAGGAUUGCGGUCUGGAAAUCGUCAUCAACCACCAGCAGCAGCAGCAGGAAAGUCACCAGUCCCAGCUCGAUCCACAGCUCAACAAUCCGCUGGUGCAUCAGUACGAUCCCCAGCAGCACCACCCGCUCCAGUAUUCGUCCAGUGGGGUGUUGGUAAACUCCGAGGGCCGGGAAAUGAGUGGCGUCCAGCGGUCUGCGAGUGGAAGUCAGGUGGGGCCGGGCGAUCCGCUGCUGGCCAAGCAGAAGCACCACCACCGGCGUGCGUUCGAGUACAUCUCAAAGGCGCUCAAGAUCGACGAGGAGAAUGAGGGUCAGAAGGAGCUCGCCAUCGAGCUGUACCGGAAGGGCAUCCUGGAGCUGGAGCGCGGCAUCGCCGUCGAGUGCUGGGGUGGCCGUGGCGAGGUGUGGGAACGGGCCCAGCGGUUGCACGACAAAAUGCAGACCAACCUGUCGAUGGCGCGCGACCGGCUGCACUUCCUAGCUUCCGGACGGAAAUUAACCGUCGGCUACAAGCGCCCCGGCAAUCUCGGCGUCAUGAACAAGUCACAGACGUUGCCGCGCAGCAUGGGCGGCUCCAGGACGACCCCGACCGGUGGCAGCGGGGCUGCGGGUACGGGGUACGGUGUUGGGCCUGCGACCGCCGGAGGAGCCCCAGGUUGCACCGCAGGGGGUGGCAUGCCGAAAAUCGUGCCAAAACCAGCGGCGACGCCCCCGGCCAUCCGGCGACAAUUUUCGAUUCCAAGUGGUUCCCCGAUUCGGAAAGCGAGCAACGGUUACGGCCACAGCGGGGGCAAGAAUACUCCACCCCGGUCAAAGACACCGCUCGGGACGGCGCCCUCAAACAAUCAGUCCGGCCAGCAGCAGCAGCAGCAAAUCACCGUGAAAGGCGUCGAGCCCAAGCUGGUCCAGAUUAUCAUGGACGAAAUCGUCGAGGGAGGUGCCAAGGUCGAGUGGCAGGACAUUGCCGGCCAAGAAGUGGCCAAACAAGCCCUCCAGGAGAUGGUCAUCCUGCCGUCCGUCCGCCCCGAACUCUUCACCGGCCUACGAACCCCCGCCAAAGGCCUUCUUCUGUUCGGUCCACCCGGUAACGGCAAAACCCUCCUCGCCCGGGCCGUCGCCACCGAGUGUUCCGCCACCUUCUUCAGCAUAUCGGCCGCAACGCUCACCAGCAAAUACGUCGGCGACGGCGAGAAGCUCGUCCGCGCCCUGUUCUCCGUCGCCCGAAUGCAACCGGCCAUCAUCUUCAUCGACGAGGUCGAUUCGCUCCUGUCCGAAAGAAGCAGUGGCGAGCACGAGGCCACCCGCCGCCUGAAAACCGAAUUUCUCGUCCAGUUCGACGGACUGCCCGCCAACUCGGAAGCGGACAAAAUUGUCGUGAUGGCCGCCACGAACCGACCCCAGGAGCUUGAUGAGGCCGCCCUGCGACGGUUUCCCAAGCGGGUGUACGUGACGUUGCCCGAUUUGGACACGCGGGAGUUGUUGCUGCGGAGGUUGCUUGAGAAGCAGAACAGUCCGCUGGACGAUGCCGACCUGAAGCGGCUCGCGAUGCUGACCGAGGGCUACUCGGGGUCGGAUCUGACGGCGCUGGCCAAGGAUGCGGCGUUGGAGCCGAUUCGAGAACUGAACGUGGAGCAGGUGAAGCACAUGGACCCAACGAAGCUGCGCAGCAUCCGCGAGAGCGACUUCCACAACUCGCUCAAGCGCAUCCGCCGCUCGGUCGCACCCCACUCGCUGGCCGCGUACGAAAAGUGGCUGCAGGACUUUGGCGACGUGACGCUGUAGACGGGGGCUGGCUGGCUGGUUCCAGUGCAACCUGACCUCGGUUUUGUAUUGUUUAUUAUUUUUUUUUAAGGUUCAAACAUACUCUCACCCACUACCAAUACCAGUUGUAUUUUAUUGAGCAGAGGAAGUUAUGUUAAUUCUGUAAACACACAAACUAUUAGAGCAUAAUUUUGCUGGCUGCGUUUUCUGGCCUGUUCAGUUUGCCGCCAGCGCAGUUCAAUCAACAGCUAGACGUUUAGAAGGUAGUGUUAGGGUCUUCUUGCCGAUAUGCCAAUCAUUCGUGCGCGUUAUCGCCUUACUCUAUCCGCUGUAGUGUAGUUGUAGUUUGCUCGAUAAGUUUCAGUUGUUAAACGUUGUAAAUAAUUUUCUUAAAUGUGCACACGCUAAAAUAAAAAAAAAAAACAUACUCAUUAUAGUAGAAACCAAUAAAACGCUAACCUACUCAACGCACUAACCUUGUUUGACUAUUUUGACGAUUAAAAGCUAGAAAUUAACAUAGAAUGCUAGUCCAACAAAACAGAAAACAAAAGCGGAACAACAACAAAAAAAAAGACAUUAGUCAGUAUUUAAAGCGGUCGAGACUCGAGAAACAGUAGAACAACAAUUUAUGGUUUUUACCGCGCGGAUGGAAAACUAAAAAUUUUGUGGUGCUAGGCGUGUUUGUGGAACAAAGGACAAAUCGAACGGUACAAUUUUACGGCACAGCAAAAGCAAACACACAUUUUAACAUUAACAUCGAUCAUCACCAACUGCAUCAGCAUCAGCUCAUUUUUUUUGAAGCAAAUUGCACAAAACGUUACAACCCCGUUGCCUUUUUGCCAGAGCUGCAAAAAAAA